AACAUUAAGAACGUACUCAUGUCAUUUUAUUUAGGAUUUUUUCGGUACUUUCCCAUUUUAAUUCGUUGAUGAAACAAUAAACGUCGUCGGCAUAAUUCAUUACAAGAUUGAAGUAUUUAGGUGUUGUUCGUUACUCCAGCAUUUCAGUGGCUUAGUUUUGUGCCUUCUAAAAUAAAUAAGUCGAAAAUGGCAUCAAGAAGAGUAAGAAUACUGUUACUGGGACAAACGGGUGUUGGAAAAUCAACGCUUGUAAACAUGUUUGGUAACUAUUUUUCUGAAAAAUCCGUGCAUCAAAUCGCAAAAGGGAGAUGUAAUGUGCUUGUGCCAACCAAAUUUAAUUUAUAUAAGGACGAUAAUUCUAUGGAAACUAUUGAAGUGGGUAAAAGUGAAUUUGAGAUACCCGGAACAGGACAAUCAGCCACUCAAAAACCUUUUAUAUAUACCUUUAAUGAUGAGGAACAUGGGAUUAUCUUGGAGGUUAUUGAUACACCGGGUGUUGGGGAUACUCGAGGACUAGAUUAUGAUACCAUGAAUAGUGAAAUGACUUUAAGUUUAAUUUCUGAAUUGCCUUCAAUAGAUGGAAUUUGUAUUUUACUUAAACCAGAUGUUACACGACUCACACCUGAAUUUGAAGUUUGCCUUAAACAGAUUUUUGAACAAUUAGAUAAAAACAUUAUAAAGAAUACUGUUUUUCUUUAUACACAUGGACGCAUGAGAAAUUUCAAGUGUGCAGACACUGAUGCUUGUCUGAGAAAACUCUUCGCUGAUAUUCAAAAGAUUAAUAGAAACUUUAAUCCUGUUACUAAUGAGAAUACAUUUUUUAUUGAUAAUGAAACAUUUAAAUAUAUAGUUGGUAGUCAACAAGGACAAACUUUUACUAGGCAGGAAAUGACACUUUAUGAAGAAACUUUUAAUAUUUCUAAAAAAAAUAUUAGCAGUUUAAUAAGUUAUAUAUCAAAUUUGAAUCCAGCUCCGAUGCGUGGAGUAGCGAGUAUCAAUGAAGCGAAAAGGGUAAUACGUCGUCUAUUAGAACCACUCAUAAAACUGGUCGUGUUAUAUAAUUAUGCGAUUAUUGAUAUUGAAGAGUACAGAAAAGAAUUGAACAGUUGCCAAAACAACAUCAAUGAGCUUAAGAAUAAUAUGUUCAGAAUUAGACAUAUUCCAAUGGAGGUACAAAAUGAGAACACAAGUAACACAGGCUUUAAUUUAUCCUUUGACUGGAAAAAUAUAUUUAAAAACUUUAACUGGAGAAAUCUUUUUAAACCCUUUAAAUUUAUGGCUAACUUAAUUUUCAAUAACAAAACGUCUAAAACUAUCGAAUUAGUUGAACAAAGAGAAUUGGAUAAGGAUGUUAUUGCCGAAAUUAAAGAUCAAGAAACCGCAAAAAAAGCUGUUCAAACGAAAGUGGAAGAAAUGCAAGGUCUGUGCAGACAAUAUGAAGACGAAAUCAACGAUAUUUUACAAACCAUAGCUACUUUUUCGGCUUUUAUAGAUGGUUUAAAAUGCUUUGUAGGACACGAUGUUUUCAAUGAUUUUAUGGAUACAGUCAUUGAAGAGUAUAAUACCAGAGACAACAAAGUUUUAAUCACCAAAUUAGAGGAGUAUUUAAGGCGUUACAAAUUUAUCAAACAACGAGUUGGCGGCAAUAUAAAGUCCAGUGAUGUAAUGCGUUGUUGCCAAGCAUUGUUUCGUGCUAAACAUACAGGACAUCUGUUUAAAGAGAUUAUUAAUGAGAGCGUUGAUUUUGAAAAAAUCACUUUUAUUUCUUAAUCCACUAAUAAGAUAUAAAAUGUUUUAU